CGCCCACUCGGCCAUGGCCAGCGAGGAGCUGACGCGCAGGCUGCAGCGCCGGCUGCGGCUCGGGGAGGGCCCGGGGGGCGGCCAGGGCGACCCCCAGCCCGCGGGCCCCGCCGUCCCCGCCCGGGAGCCCGAGCCCGAGCCCCUCGGCCGGGCGCCCGGAGCCAGCGCCGCCGACGCGGAGCUGAGCGCGCAGCUGAGCCGACGGCUGGACAUCAGCGAGGGCGCGGCGCGACCCCGCCGCAGCCGCGUCUUCAACCCCUACACGGAGUUCCCCGAGUUCAGCCGCCGCCUCAUCAAGGACCUGGAGAGCGUGUUCAAACGGUAUGACGCUGGACGGGAUGGCUUCAUCGACCUGAUGGAGCUGAAGCUGAUGAUGGAGAAGCUGGGGGCCCCCCAGACUCACCUGGGUCUGAAGAGCAUGAUCAAGGAGGUGGAUGAAGACUUCGACGGCAAGCUCAGCUUCCGGGAGUUCCUGCUCAUUUUCCACAAGGCCGCAGCUGGGGAGCUGCGGGAAGACAGUGGGCUUAUGGCCCUGGCCCAGCUCUCGGAGAUCAAUGUUGCCCUGGAGGGUGUCAAAGGUGCCAAGGACUUCUUCGAAGCCAAGGCCCGGGCCUUGUCAUCCUCCAGUAAGUUUGAAGCCGAGUUAAAAGCUGAGCAAGAAGAACGGAAGCGGGAGGAGGAAGAGAGGAGGCUGCGCCGAGCGGCCUUCAGGGAGCUCAAGGCUGCCUUCAGCACAUAAUCCUAUUGACCUUGACCUAGAACCAUGCUGUGCCUUGCAGACUCCCAGAGAACAGAGGACCCCUGCCAGCCCCCCUCCUUAUGCCUUAUCCUCUAGCCCAGGACCCCAGACCUUCCUCCUUAGCUUCCCCGGGUGGCCAGAGGCUACGUUUAAGUUUCUCAGAGUCUUGGCCCUUGCUUCCAAAGCCUUACUCCUCUGUCUUGAUCACUAGCCAGGCCCUGCCUUUGCUUGGCCCCCUCCAUUUCCCCACCCCCUGGCCCUUUUGGGGUUUCUGGUCAACCAGUAAUCUGUUCAUUUGUACAGAUUUUCUUUCUUUCGUGGUCCUCAGCGAGCAUGUUGCCUGUGUUCUUGGGCCAGCUCUGUGCCUCUCCUUUUGUCCUCCUUUCAGUCAGUCUGCCGGCUGCUUCGGUUCUGUCUGCUGCGAUGCUGGAGGAAGGCCUGGUGCCUGUGACCUGUCUCCUUUCCACGGCGUCCUGUCAUCUCUCAUCCCCUUUCCGCCAUGUUUUCCCAUCCAGCACUCGUCUUCCAUUCCUAAAUACUGCGCUACAGAACUGUAACAAUGAAUCAUUAGAACUAAGAGCCCAGGCCAGAAAGAUUCAUGUGAACUCGGGUCCGAUGGAAAUAUUCCCCUGUGCCCGCUCCUUGUUCUGGGGUGAUGUCUCCAGGGGCUGGUGACAUCCCAAGUCAUGGCCAUCCUGACCACCGUCUGCCCGCCUCGCCCCCCCAACAUCUGCUCCAGGUGUCAAGGUAAAGGCCCUUCUCACCCACAGGUUGGAGUGUUGUGAGUUCUUGGGAUUGUUCAUACGUACUUGGAGUGAUUUUUUUAAAAAGAAAUUUCUAAUGCCAUAUUUGUUACUUCUCUUUUGUAACCGCUGUAUUUACAAUAAAGAAAUCAUCUGUCCUUCUACCCACACCUGAUUGGUUUUCAAUAAACUGUGCAAAUGAACUUGGCCAUCA